AUGCCACAAACUUUCCCGGGUAGCUGCUAUUGCGGCGAAGUCCAGUACAAGCUCACCCUCGACAAUCCCGCCGAGGAUGCACGCACAAGUAUCUGUGUAAGUCUCUCCUUACCAGCCAGAACCAAGAAGAUAGCAGUGCCAAAUUCCCAAGACUGGACGCCACCAGUUCGCUCCGCCAUCGCGUUUACUCCUUCAAGGCGUCUCAUCCAAAUCCGCAUCUCGCCUUUCUUGCUUGGCGACAAACCCACGCCUCCAGCAUCUAUCCCCACUCCCUCGCCCAACUUCCUUCCUCCCACCCCUAUCCCCUCCUCCCUCUCCCCUCCCUCCCCUAAAACCCCAAACCCCCCCAAGGCGCCAAACUACUCUAACCCAACCCAACACCAGCACUGCACCAACUGCAAGAAAUUCACCGGCGGUCCCUACGGCAUCACGACCAAGCUCCCCCGCUCCACCUACACCGUCACCUCCUCUCCCCCCUCGUUACGCAAACACACAGCCGACAACGGCAGCGGCGUGCAGCUGACGCGCGAGUUCUGCGCCACCUGCGGCAGCGGCCUGUGCGAGUACGGCGCCAACGCCGGCGCCAACGUCUACGUGUUUUACGGCACUUUGGGCAAAGAAGGGAGGGAGGCGUUGAAGCCCAAGGGCGAGUUUUUCACCAAACUUAGGGAGGGGUGGUGUCCCGAGGUUCCUGUUUUGCUUGUCGCGUUGAUGGGUGCGGCAGGGGGCGGCGCGAUGGUGUCCUGGUUGGGAAAGGGAGGGGAAAAAAAAGGGGGGGAAAGCUGA